UACUGAUUGUCUGUGAGAGGGGAGGGGGGCAGAGACACGCAGAAAGACAGAGAGGGUUAGAAGAGGGAGAAAGGAAUUCAGAACUGUUUAAAUGGGAAUCCAGAGCGUAGCGAGGACAGAGGCUGGGGACUUGAGCCAGCAAAACAAAAACAACAACAACAGAAAAAGUGGAGGCAGAUUUAUUUUACGCACAGGAAAAGUGGGAAGUAGUUGAAGGAAAGGAGAAUCUAAAUGUGUCCUGUUUGACUCUCAUGACUCAGAGAGGAUUACUGUUAAACUCAGCCGCUCUGCAGGAAUUGAUGGUGUCUUCUAAGAGAAACGGAGCCGAGGGGAGGAAUCUGAAUGCGCUCGACUGAACCAUGCCAGGCUUGUGGAUCCUAACUUUGGCACUCGCUUUCAACCAAGUGUGCUGUGUGCGAUUCUCCCAGGAGCCGGCCGACCAGUCAGUGGUGCUGGGAGAACGAGUGGUGCUAUCCUGCGUGGUCUUCAACUACACGGGCAUCGUUCAGUGGACCAAAGACGGCUUGGCAUUGGGCAUCGGAGAAGGUCUUCGAGCAUGGCCCAGGUAUCGUGUGCUGCGGGCGCUGGACACAGGCCAGUUCAAUUUGGAGAUCUCACAUGCUGAGCUGUCAGAUGACUCCCUGUACGAGUGUCAGGCCACGGAGGCCGCCCUGCGCUCCAGGAGAGCCAAGCUCAACGUACUUAUCCCCCCUGAGGAUCCGGUGGUGGAGGGAACGCCGGAGCUGCUGCUGAUGGCUGGAACUGCAUUCAACCUGACCUGCGUAACCCGCGGGGCCAAGCCUGCAGCUCACAUCCAGUGGACCAAGAAUGGCAUCCCUGUGGAGGGAGCACACCACUCUACGGAGGUACUGCCAGACAGGAAGAGAGUGACGAGCCGGAGCUAUCUCCCCAUCACUCCGGUUGACACUGACAGCGGCAGCAAUUUCACCUGUGUGGCCAGCAAUCCAGCAGUGCCAAUGGGCAAACGAGCCACUGUCACUCUCAACGUCCACCACCCUCCCACUGUGACCUUGUCCAUCGAACCUCGCUCUGUCCUGGAGGGAGAAAGAGUCACAUUCACCUGCCAGGCCACCGCCAACCCGCCCAUCAUGGGCUACAGGUGGGCUAAAGGUGGCGUUCUGCUGGAGGGGGCCAGGGAAAGCGUGUUUGUCACCACAGCAGAUCAUUCAUUCUUCACUGAGCCCGUGUCGUGUCAGGUAUUCAACGCAGUGGGAAGCACCAACGUCAGCAUCCUCGUGGACGUGCACUUUGGUCCAAUUCUGGUGGUGGAGCCCAGACCAGUAACAGUGGAUGUGUACUCAGAUGUUACUUUGAACUGCAAGUGGGCUGGAAACCCUCCUCUUACCCUCACUUGGACUAAAAAGGGCUCCAGUAUGGUUCUCAGCAACAACAACCAGCUGCAUUUGAAGUCAGUGAGCCAGGCCGAUGCAGGCCAGUAUGUCUGCAAGGCCAUCGUGCCGCGCAUCGGAGUGGGAGAGAUCGAGGUUACACUUACUGUCAACGGCCCCCCCAUCAUCUCCAGUGAUCCAGUUCAGUACGCUGUCAGAGGUGAAAAAGGAGGGAUCAAGUGUUACAUUGCCAGCACCCCCCCACCUGAUAAGAUUGUUUGGGCGUGGAAGGAGAACGUUUGGGAGAAGGAAAAAGGCACUCUGAUGGAGAGGUACACGGUGGAGCAGAGCAAACCCCAGUCCCAAGGCGGCGCCGUCCUCUCCACCCUGACCAUCAACAACGUCAUGGAGUCUGACUUUCACUCCCCGUACAACUGCACCGCCUGGAACUCAUUUGGACCUGGAACCAUGAUCAUUACCCUGGAGGAGAAAGAUAUUGUUCCAGUGGGAAUUAUCGCCGCUAGUACAGUGGGCUCCUCCAUUCUGCUGCUUAUGAUUCUGCUGGCACUCGCUUUCUUCUUCUACCGCCAACGCAAAGGCAGUCGCCGAGGUGUCACACUCGGUAAACCAGACAUCAAGGUAGAAACAGUCAACAAAGAGACCCACAGCCUGGAGGAGGAGGCAGCCAACGUCUCUACAGCAACCAGAAUGGUCAAGGCCAUGUACUCCUUUUUGCCCUCUGUUUCCCUCUCUCCCUCCACUCAGCCAUUCAAAGACGACAUGGACCUGAAGCAGGAGAUCAGGAGCGAGAGCGACACGCGGGAGGAGUACGAGCUCAAGGAUCCAACUAAUGGCUACUACAACGUCCGAGCCACCACCCACGACGAGGCGCGACCCCAGUCCCGUGUCGUCCACUACCAGGGAGAGUUUCGCCCUCCAAACCCAAACACCGGGCCAGGCGGCGCCACAUCCGGAGGACCUUCAGCUGCGGUCAGCGGUGCAGUUCCUCCCAGCGCGGUGCCAGGGUCCAGGGCAGGCUGCUACGACCCUCGCCCGCCCUCCAGGAUGUCCCACGCUACCUACGCCCAAUUCAACACCUUCUCUAGGGUGGCACAGAGGCAGGAAGCUCCUCCAAAUCCUGCUCUCCCUUCACCCGGAGAUUACCCCGGAGGAGACUGUGGCCUGCUGGACGGCUCAACCCAACUGCCAUACGACAGCUACGGAUAUCCCUCCCAGUAUCCCAGCUACCGCAUGGGCUUCGCUCCUACCAUAGAGGAAGGACCGGCCUAUGAGAUGUAUCCGACGGGACAGGGGACCGGGUCGGGUCCGGGAACGGGACAGCAAAGUCCUGAAACAGGCUCGGCAAAAUACGGGAGCUCCACUCGCUUCUCGUACUCGUCCCCACCGUCUGACUAUUCCCACAGACACACGCAGAGAAUGCAGACUCACGUGUGAGGAAAGGUCGACGCGCUUUCCUGGAUUUGCUUUCGGCCUCAGCAGUGUUUUCACAUCCUGUGUAAAUCCUCCCGUUCUGUGCGUGGAUCUUCAACAAUCCGUUCUCCAUUGCCAUCACCCCAUGGAAAACCUUUUUUUUUUUUUUUUUUUUUUAGCAACAAUAUGACUCCCCAGCAUUUAGGAAAGAAGCAAUACAUGCAGAGUGAUCUUCACCCUGAUUCACGCUGGCCUCCUGUCUGUUGUGGUUACCCAUCAACAAAAACAAAAGCGAGAUUCACAAUCAGGAGAUAAAAAGAACAAGAAGAGCACUUUGCCAACUUGGACCACCUCCCCUCACACCCUCCUGUAACUGUAAAUAAUGUGAAAUUUGGGCCAUUUUAAAGUUAUAUUUCUUGUAUAAAGAUAUAAACAGCAAACCUCUCAGCAAGCCACUCUUUUUGCAUUUUCUGACUUACAUUGCUGAACACAAAUCCAGACAAACAACAACAUUUCUUUUAAAUAAAUGCAUCAAAGGGGCAGCUUGGACUAUAAAUAUAGCUGGCACUUUUCAUUAAAACUUGCUUCAUGGCUUUUUUUUUUUUCACUAGAUCUACCUUGAUUUGAGUGGGACAGUUCGUCUGGAGUGAUCAGAUUGUCAGUUCCUAUGUGCCAACACACAAAAAAAAUUAAAUGGUGUCUUUUCUUUUUCAAAGCGUGGACAAUGAGGUGCUCCGGGUGACAGGAUAUUGUACAAGACAAACGGAGCAGUAGCAAGCGUCUCUUUGCUCCUUCUCCUUCUCGUAUUGUGUUUCUGUCAUCAUCAACCAUUUCUACACCUAAUAUGUCACCUAAAGUCAGUGCUAUAGAUAGUGUUUGUGAAACAAGGUGUGGUGGGAGCACCUUUUCAUUCUAUACAUUUCUGCAAUUUGUGCAAAAAGAUACCUCCCCUAUCUUCAAGUGUUAAAAAAAAUUGUUUCUCUCACUUGCACAGUAGAAUAGAUUUUUUUUCCAUAUUUAUACUGAAGCAUAUGAAAAAAAAACAGAAAAAAAAAACAACGGCAUUCAGAAACAUUUUAUAAUAUUUUUAUAAGGAGUUGUGGACCAAAGGUUCAGCAUUUUGGGUGACACUUUUUAACGUGUAACGCAGCGUUACGAUCGGAAACGGUCCGAGUUCCUUUAAAAUGAAACGGUUUUUAAUGUUGUAGGCUUAACGUAGAAAACUUAAAGAGUUUCACCUCGAAAUAACAAGUAUCCAGCUGAUACCUGCUAUGGAUAUAUUUGUUUGGCGUGAAACUCUUUCUUUGACUUCCUGUCUUCUGACUGGACUGCCUUUUUUCUAAAGCUGGUGACGACAUUCAAAACGACGGACUUGGAGCGAGCAGCUGCUCGAUCGGAGCAGCUCUGGUAACUUGAGACGCAGCGAGAAGGUUUAAAUGUAGUCUAACAUAUCAAAGUGAGGUAGAGAGGGUUCUAUCUAGCUCAUAUGGUACUUUGUACUAUUUGUAAGUAUGCUGAUUUUUUUUUCUCUGCAACAGAAACUCUGCUGGUGUCUUAUGUCUAAGAUUUUUCAUCGUGUUAUGUCAGGUUUUGGUGUGCAGAUCUGGCCAUCAAAGCAGAACUUGGUACUCGAAACUUGAAAAUGUGAGGGACUAAAUCAUGCAAGUUCCUCUCCCUCCUCUAAGUUGUGGUCAAUGAUGUUGUUAAACUAUUAACUGUGGAGACAGCUGUUCUGUUUAAACAUAUAGCGCCCUCUACAGUUAAAAGAACCCCUUGUAAAGAUAUGUAAAAAGCCUAAUUAUAAGGGCAUAUUUUAAUUGUUGUGGCAUAAUCUCCAUUUGAAAAUAUUUUUAAAAAUCCAUUUAUUAAUUUGAGUACAUUUAUCACCUGAGAGAAAAAUAUCCAGCACUAAGAAAUCAUUUAUUAACAGAAUCAUCUGGAUUCCCUCCCUCCAUCCAUCCAUUUUCUGAUCACCCUUGUCUCUAAUGGGGUCAGGAGGGUUGCUGGUGCCUCUCCAGCUACGUUAGGCGAGAGGCGGGUUCACCCUAGACAGGUCGCCAGUCUGUCGCAGGGCAACACAGAAAACAUACAGGACAAACAACCAUUCACACAUACACUCACAUACACUCACACCUAGGGAGAAUUCAGAGAGACCAUGUUUUUGGACUGUGGGAGGAAGCCGGAGAACCCGGAGAGAACCCAUGCAUGCACAGGGAGAACAUACAAACACCAUGCAGAAAGACCCCUGGCUGGGAAUCGAACCCAGGACCUUCUUGCUGCAAGGCAACAGCUCUACCAACUGCGCCACUGUGCAGCCCCCAUCUGGAUUAAAAAAAUGGUUUCUCUCACUUGCACAGUAGAAUAGAUUUUUUUUCCAUAUUUAUACUUUUGAUCAUUAUUCUGCUAAAAGACCCAAUGAUGACCUCUCUUCCAUUUUUCUGGCAAAGCCAAUCAGAUAUGUAUUCAGAAUAUCCUGGAAUUUCAAAGAAUUAAAAAUGCCAUGCACUUUAAAAUUUAGACAGUGAACAUUCCCACAGCAUCACAGUGGGAGGAAGUUGUUUUCUGCACAUUUGCUAUUCCUUUUGCAUGAGACUCACUGCGAGCUGGUUGCCAAAAUGUCCAAAGCACUUAGCAUUUAGCAAACUCUGCAUUUUGACAUUUGUGAUGGUAGGACAGAAACAGAAACAUGUUUUCCUGGAUGCCUCCAAAACAACAAAAUGCCAAUUAGCUUUCCUGUAUUAUGGAGAUUUUUCUUUUUUUUUUUUUAUCUCCCCUACCGUCGUUGUUCAUGUUGACAAGAUAAUCUUGGAUGCUUGGAUGCUUGGUCUAAAGGUUUAGUCCAAUUUUGAGGAGUGUUUACAUGUGAUAUAAUUAUAUCUGAGGCAAAAAAAUAAAAAGGUUAUGGGCAAAUACUUCAAUCAUCCCAGACACCAUUUAAAAAUAUGCAGUUUUAUUUUCAAAGAAAAAUCUGAAAAGUGCAGUAACAAUGAUUUAAAAAUAAAUUAUUAUUUCCCAGUGUGAGAUUAUUUUUCUCUGCUUAAAUGUACUUAAAUUAAGUUUUUUGCAUGACCCAGAUUUCUUAGCAAAAAUUUCUGGACUGCAAUUUUGUUACACCUCAGUGAGGUGUUGGUGUCGUCUCAAUCGGAUCAAGGCAUUUCUUAUAAUAGUUUCUAAUAUCAGCUAUUAAACCCCUCAGGUUUAAUAUUAGAGCAUUUAAGCUUUUUGUAUAAUAAGUAAAUGAGAAACAGAUUGAUUUUUAUUUUUUUCUUGACAAAAAUCCCCCUCUCUCUCAGUGGAUUGAAGUUAUUUAUGUUUGCACUCGGAGCUUAAUGAGAUUCGACUAAACUGCUCUCUUCAUCAUCACACCAACUCAAAACGUCAUAUUUUAUGGCGACAAGAAUUUGUUUAGCGGAAUACAAGAAAAGUGUGUCAAUAAUCACGAUUCCUAUGUUAUAAGCAUCCACCACAUUAUGUUCACUUUUUUUCUGGACGAACAUGAAGACAAUAAAGCUUUCUAUUGCACCCAU